CCCCAAUCCUGUAGCCUCUUACGUUCCGCCCUUCUUGGUCUCCCUCUUCUUCAUUCGCGCCUCUCAUUCUGCUGCCUUCUUCUGCAAUGGCACCAACACCCAACUCGGAGCAGAGUUUUCGGGCGAACCUCUCCCAGUUCCGCUGGGCUAGGGGCGCGACCGAUGACUCGCAACAGGCACAGACGCCCAUGCCAUCAUCAAACCCGUUCUCGCGCUUCUACAGCGCCGUAGCGGGAGACUACAUACCUUUGCGUUCCGGCGAGCGUUCGAACGAGGAGGAGGCCUGGUUCGCGCUGUCGCGGUGGGAGAGGUUGUUGGGCUUCGGUGGAUGCCUGCUCGGUGCCGCUGUAUGCUUCUUCGUGUCCUUUUUGGUGCUGCCAACUAUUGCGUUUCGACCAUCGAAGUUUGCGCUCGCGUUCAGCCUUGGGAGCUUGCUUGUUAUGUUCGGGUUCUCCGUGUUGAUUGGGCCAAUAAACCACCUCAAGCAUCUUGUAUCCAAGGAACGACUACCCUUUUCUUGCACAUAUUUUGCAAGCCUGGGGCUCACCUUGUACUUCUCGCUUGGGGCUCGCUCGUAUUUCGGCGCUCUGAUUUGUGCGAUCGUUCAAAUCGUCGCUCUUGUAACCUAUGUCCUCGCUUAUUUCCCAGGUGGCGUGCAAACCCUUCGCUUCGGGGGUCAAGUCGCUCUGCGUGGUGCAGGGAGCCUCCUCCCUUUCUAGUCUUCUUAUCCCUUUUGUAAUAGCAUCUUUGCUCUCUUAUUUAUCAUUGUUACGGAGCUUGAAGCAUUGACGGCAGAUUGACUAUUUCAUAUUUGGAAGAUGCGAAGAUGUGAUGUAUACCAAUACAUUUCUACUGCGG